GCUAACCUGAGUAGAAUCAUUUCUGCUGAUGGGAUUCAUCAAAUGAGCUUUUACUGAACUUGUGCAGGACUUUGUCAGGGUUUAUUUUCUACAUGAUUAAAUCCCACUAAUCAUUACUGAGAUUGUUGAUUUGCUUGAGACGCUUGAAAUGUGCAGCAAAAUGUAGCUGAAAGAAGAAAAGAAAGAGUGAGAAACAUCCAUCCAAGUGUUGUCCAUCAGGUUUGUGUUGUUUUGUGUGUGCAGGCUGUCAGGCUGUCUGGUCACAGAGGAAGGCUGUGCUUCUCUGGCCUCAGCUCUGAGCUUCAAGACCUCAAAUCUGAGAGAGCUGGACCUGAGCUACAACCAUCCAGGAGACUCAGGAGAGAAGAUGCUGAGAGCUAAAGUGGAGGAUCCAGACUGUAGACUGGAAACUCUCAUGUACAGACAGACAGACACUCUCAGGGUGACGCCUGCUGGAGUCCGAUGGUUGACACCAGGUCUGAGGAAGUAUUCCUGUCAACUCACAGUCGACACAAACACAGUAAACAGAAACCUCAAACUGUCUGACAACAACAGGAAGGUGACACAUGUGGAGGAGGAUCAGUCGUAUCCUGAUCAUCCAGACAGGUUUGACUGUCAUCAGCUGCUGUGUGAAACUGGUCUGACUGAUCGCUGUUACUGGGAGGUGGAGUGGAGAGGAGAUGUUCAUAUAUCAGUGAGUUAAAGAGGAAUCAGAAGGAAAGGAUAUAGUGAUGACUGUGUGUUCGGACGUAAUGAUCAGUCCUGGAGUCUGAGCUGCUCUGAUGAUGGUGGUUACUAUGUCAGACACAAUAACAGUCAAACAUCCAUCAGGUCCUCCUCAGUCUCUCACAGAGUUUCAGUUUAUGUGGACGUUCCUGCUGGAACUCUGUCCUUCUACAGAGUCUCCUCUGACUCUCUGAUCCACCUCCACACCUUCAACACCACAUUCACUCAACCUCUCUAUCCUGGAUGUGGGUUCUACUUGUUCUCUGGUUCCUCAGUGUUUCUGUGCUGAGUUCAGUCUCCAGAGUCUCCUCCUGGUAGAGAAACAGUGUUGAACAGAUAGUUGAGUCUCUCCAUGACUCUGUCCCUCAGAAACAUGUUUUCACAUUCAUGGAUUAAAUGUGUUUCUUUGUGAAAUCCUUCUAAAUGAUUCCUUGUCAACUUGUUCCUCUUCAAAGAUGGAAGUUGUGAUUAUUCCAGGAGCCAAAUGUGGUGUUUGCGUCUUUUUCCAGUCAAAUGUUGAGAGUGAAAAUCAGGAUGUGGUGUUCCUCUGAUGCUCACUUGAACUAAAAGCAUUUGAGCUGCACAAAGUGUGAAAUGAGAGAGGAAGCAGUGAAUCUACAAACUGCUGACAGACUUUCACACAUUAUUGUCCAGUGAAAAUCAGGUUUUUGUGCAGCCAGACUUGAUCCUGAUUUGAGUGUUUAAGUCCUGUUCUAGUGAUGAAAUGAGAAGUUCCUUCAUCUUGUGUGUGAUGGAGAAGAAUAAAGGGCUGUGGCUAAAAAUCCUGA